AUGCGUCGAGUGCUGCGCCGAUUUAAAGACGGUGGGUCGAAACAAGACGACCCGGUGGACAGAAACACUGCUGAAUUUACUCAGGACAGUGUAGCGAUGCCCGAACUCGGUAACGUCGCUGAUGCAGGCUCAUAUGCGCCCCUCAGCCAAGAAGGCCAAUUGUCGUCGGUUGAGAGUCGUACAUCCUUUUUCCAAACUAAUCAAACGAUACCAUCAACAAGUAAUGCUCCUGGACCAUCAAAACUCACGCAGGCUUUGUCUAUGUUGCCAGAACCCAAGCGGGCAGACUCAAUUUACAGCGAAGAAUCGUCAUUUGCAGAUCAGUCUCUCUUCUCCAAACGAACAAGAUCCACAGCCCAGUCCACUAUAGGAUCUUCCAUAUCAGGUGGUAUGUCGAAGCGUGCUGCUGAGGAACGUAUUAGAGUCAUGGAGUCCAGCUCGCUGUCUGAAUCUCAUGGAAGGAUUUCAGUAGCCAUCCCAACCUCGCCCGUCGAAACAAAAACUCGUGAUGUUGCCAGUAUGACUACUAUGGGAAUGCCUCUAAUGACCGCUCCUUGUUCAGUACCCGACUCCUUAAAAGGAUCCUAUACCCGUCAAACAGCGGGUCCGAGUUCUGCGGCUUCGAAAAGUACUUUUGAGCUGCCGCCCAAGGAACUUGAGGCACCCGUUUCUUUAGCGACUUCAUUGAAAAGUCUGUCAAGCAAUCUUGAGAUGCUAUUUCAUUCAGCAGACAGUACGUCUGCGCCCCGUAUUUCGGGAAUUAUGGCUCAACUGAUGAAUGAUUUUUCCAGCCUUCCGAAUUUGGAAAAGGACUCUCCAGCGGUCUCGAUUGAGACUUCCGAUGAAUUGAACCUAAUCAUAAGGUGCGUUCUUGGAGUAUCAGACAAUCUGCUUAGAGCUCCCAUGGUUCGCAGCGCCAAAUGUAAUCUUUUGCGAGCUCUCUACCAAUUGGGUGUUACUCUGGGAUUGCUUGAAAUGCACAUUGGCGCAGUACCUCAACCCCGUAACUGGGCUUUGGGUAUCAGGAAGACCCCACACGAUGAUCUGGUAGGUCAACUCAUGGGCAAACUGUACAUGUCACCUACCGGCUCUAUUGUUGAGCAAGAAGGCGCGUACGUCGCACCAGUGUUACGCGGGUUCAGUCCCAAGUUUUCCGUUGCUACAGUUUGCUUCGGUAUUCCUCGGCCCGACGAGUCAAUCUUUGACUCUGUUGCGGCAUUACAGUCUGUUAUGCCUUCGAUCCACGCUUAUGGCCGCAUAGACUAUUUGAGAACUUGCGCUGGUGAUUUUGGUAGUAUUGUUCCUCCAUAUAGACAGCUUGGCAGCGAUAUGAAGCCGCCAAUGUCAAUGUCGCUCGCCUCAGAACGAGCAGGAACAAUUUCAGGAACCCUUGGAGGAUACCUGUACCCUCUUAUAGAAGAUGAAGAUGAUGACCUCAAAGGAUACACAUUUUCUAUCACCUGCGGACAUGUAUGUUUGAACACUACGUCCUCUAACACCAACGCAUCCGGUACUGAAGACAAUAAUGCAUUUGUGCCAUCGCCUGUCCUGGUUCAGAUGUUCCGAAAAGCUUUAGUUGAUGAACGCAAUAAGCACGAAGUGGACAGUUUAGAGUACCGUGGUUACCAGAAUGCUAUUUCUGAGCUUGAAAAACGGCCCCCGUCGAAGCUGGGGCCGAUUGUUUGGGGCGAACGCACUGUGGUUGGUGGCAUGCUUUCGGAUAUUGCCAUUAUCAAGUGCGACAAUGAGUUCCAAUGCAGGAAUACUUUGGGAACCGAUUUGAAUUUGUCACAGUACGAUCCUGGUCUAAUGUUCUGCAAUUUGGCUGUCAGCGAAGUCGUGGAAAAAACGGCGCCCGGGUUAUCCGUUUUCAAAUACGGCUCGACCUCGAGAUAUACUAACGGUAAUACCAGUAUCAGCCGCAUCGUCUACUGGUCUAGUGGCAAGGUCCAGAGUUCUGAAUUUGUUGUAAACAGUGAUCAACCGGUGUUUGCAACUGGAGGUGACUCAGGUGCGUGGAUUUUGACGAAAGCCAAGCAUGGUCUCGGUGUAGUUGGAAUGUUGCAUUCAUAUGACGGUGAGAUGAAAGAGUUUGGACUGUUUACUCCGAUGUCAGUCAUUCUGAACCGCUUGCAGCAAGUGACUGGUGUCCAAUGGGGUGUUGUCGGUGUUCCGCACCCCAAAGAUCAAGUGAACGAGCCCGUUUUGUAG